AUGGAGCACGAGCCCAUGAAGCCCGUACACAUCACGACGCCGUCUUCCACCCUGCUGGCGCGGGUGAAGACGAUGGUGCCCCCGAUGCUGGAGAAGUUUCACAAAGGCCAAUUGGGGAGGGUUGCAGUCAUUGGCGGGAGUGCAGAUUACACGGGCGCACCUUACUUUUCGGCCAUGGCGUCGGCGCGAUUGGGCUGUGAUAUGGUCAUAAAAGCAUACUCCCCAAAUCUAAUGGUCCACCCUAUUCUCCCUAGUAGUGCUUCAGUCUCCGACCCAGACUCCAACAAAGACCCCUCGUCCCUCGCCAGCCCCAUCCUUGACAUGCUCCCAAGACUGCACGUCUUGGUCAUAGGACCGGGCCUAGGCCGCGACGGGGUCACUCAAAAGGUAGUCGUGGAAGUAAUGAGAGAAGCACGCAAUCGCUCAGUGCCCUUCAUCCUUGACGCGGAUGGUCUAAUGCUUGUCACCGAGAAACCGGAAUUGGUGAAAGGUUACAAGGAGUGUAUCCUGACGCCGAAUGUAGUUGAGUUUGGCCGCCUAGCCAAGGCGCUUGGCGUGAAAGUGCAAAGGGACGAAAAGGAGGAAGGAAAUGAGGAAAAACAGCUCAGUGGCGCAUCGGAGGCUUGCGAGAAACUAUCCCAGGCGCUGGGCGGAGUUACUAUUAUUCAAAAGGGCCCUAAGGAUAUCAUAUCUAAUGGAGUCACGAGCAUUAUUUCCGAUAUACAGGGCGGUUUGAAACGGAGCGGCGGGCAAGGAGAUACCCUCACAGGCUCACUCGGAACGCUAUUAGCAUGGCGAGCAGCUUACCACGACGGAUUAUGGGACACGGGCGAGAAGGCCGUCCCAUCUUCGAAAAGUGAUGCGCAAACCAAGGACGAAGUACAAUCGGAGCUCGAAAAUAAGGAUCAAAAAAUGUCGUCUACGACGACGCUGCUGUUGACGGCUUAUGCGGGCAGUGCGAUUACGAGGGAUUGCUCGAGGCGCGCUUUUGAGUCGAAGGGCAGGAGUAUGCAGGCGAGUGAUUUGACGGAUGAGGUUCAUGAGGCGUUUUUGGGCUUGAUUGGCGAGCCGGAGCAGUCCAAGCUGUGA